GCCAAAUUCUUCUUUCAAUUUAACUCACUUUUAAUCAAUUAAUUAAUAACAAUAACUAAAUCAAUGCAAAGAAACUAGCAUCACGGAGAACAGAAAACAACUUUUCCCGCCUUAAUUGCAAAAAAAUGUUCGAAUUGGCGCCAGCCAAUUAAAACAAUGUAAAACAGCUGUUGUUGUUAUUUAUUAAAGACAAAAGGAUCAAGCCCAUACAGUCUUAUCUUAAAUAAAAUAAUACUUUUAUGAUUCCCUAUUAUUAAUUUGGAACACCAAUAAAAAUUACAAUAAAUCCUAAGUUAUUAAUUAAUCACAACAGUAAAUAAAAUAUAGAUGACGAAUGGCAACGUAUGUAGUAGCAAAAUAAAAAUAUGAUAUACUUUUUUUCCUCAUUUACUUCCAUUUGGUACCUAAGUUAUCGCAGGAAUUAUAUAAUAACUGUAUACUGUAAUUUUAUUCAUCUAAAUAUAAAUUUAAGUUAACAUAGUUUUUUACGUUUUACCAUCUCACUAUUAUAAUUGCAUUGCAUUCCAUAUCAUGUCGUGUGGUAUUCAUUUUUAUCAGUUUCUUAUCCGGGGAUUAUGUCGAAUAGUCUUCAUAGCUGGCAGUGGAUUAUAAAUAUCACAGAAAAGAUAAAUUUAACCAUAUAUUACUACAUUUAUAAUUAUUUCGAUUCAUACUAAUAUAAUCUAGAAUAAUCUAGAAAUUACUUAUUAUCAGAUUUAAGUCAUUCUCUCAUCGCAAAAUCUCCGGAACCACUUUAUCAAUCUUAACAUGGGGCUUCUUUAUAGGACGUAGAUGGUCACUAAACACUGUUUUUUUUUUAAAUGUUUUUGGGGUUGAUAGUUUGUAUUAAUCUUUGUUACUGCAAGUGCUAAAAUUAGACCACGUAUGGUGUGUUAAAACUUCGUUAUUACAAGAAUAGCUGGUACAUUAUAAAACUCGAAUUUAACACAGUUUUAUCGACUUCUCUAUCAAACUUAGGUAUCUUUCUUGUUCCGUCCAACGGCCUCCUCGGUCAUAUUAUAAUACAAUCACCUAUUUGGCUUCUGGAUGAGAAGUUGCGUCAUGCUCCGGUAACCAAUUUUCUACAGAGCAAAUUGUAUGACAACCAGUCAUUACUAAGAAGGCAUAAAGAGAGGUUGUUGUUUGUUUUAUUUUUCCAAAGUUUUUAAUUAAAUAAAACUGACCAGUGUUACUAAUUGCCACACCUAGGGUUUCAGUAUAUAACUUGACCAUUUUAAAUAAGCUACAUCUGUCAUUACAAAUUGAACGUGCACAGGCCUUUUUUUAAUGGACUCGUAAUAUUGCUAUCGUUUAUCAGCAGAAAUGUACUGUAUUGCCUAUCAUUAUCAACCGUUAGUAAGAAAAGAUAAAGUGAUAAGGUGACUGUAAAAGUCACAAAUUCAUUGCAUUGUGAGUGGUCUUGAAAAGAACUUAAUUAGGUAUCAAAAUAUUUUUUUAAAUAGUGCUUGUGAAUUGUGUUCUAUUUUCAAAAUGCGUGGAAUAGUACAUGUUCAAGCUGGGCAGUGCGGUAAUCAAAUCGGAUCCAAGUUCUGGGAGGUGAUAUCGGAUGAACAUGGGGUAGACCCACAAGGAUAUUAUAAGGGAGAAAACCCUUUACAGCAGGAGCGUAUUGACGUGUAUUAUAAUGAGGCGUCAAGCGGUAAAUAUGUCCCGAGAGCUGUUUUGGUGGACUUGGAACCGGGCACCAUGGACGCAGUGAGAGCUAGCCCUUACGGUCAAUUGUUUAGACCAGACAAUUUUGUGUUCGGCCAGAGUGGAGCUGGUAAUAAUUGGGCAAAAGGCCAUUAUACAGAAGGAGCUGAGCUGGUAGACGCAGUACUGGAUGUUAUUCGAAAAGAGGCUGAGAAUUGUGAUUGUUUGCAAGGUUUCCAGUUGACCCAUUCGCUCGGUGGAGGUACAGGCUCUGGAAUGGGCACAUUGCUCCUAAGUAAAAUCAGAGAAGAAUUCCCGGACAGAAUUAUGAACACAUUUAGUGUGGUGCCAUCGCCAAAGGUGAGCGAAGUGGUCCUAGAGCCUUAUAACGCCACAUUAUCAGUUCACCAAUUGGUCGAGAACACUGAUAUGUCAUUCUGCAUCGACAACGAAGCUCUCUACAACAUAUGCUUUAGAACCUUGCGACUCAGCAGCCCGAGUUAUGGAGAUCUAAAUCAUCUUAUAUCGAUGACCAUGUCCGGAGUGACUACCUGUCUGAGAUUCCCUGGACAGCUGAACGCCGACUUGAGGAAGCUAGCUGUCAACAUGGUCCCAUUCCCACGGCUACAUUUCUUUAUGCCGGGUUUCGCUCCACUUACUGCAAGAAAUUCAUUCAACUACAGACCACAAACGGUGCAGGAACUGAUGAAUCAAAUGUUCAACCCGGGCAACAUGAUGACGGCCGCGGAUCCGAGACGCGGCCGCUACCUGACGGUGGCCACCAUGUUCCGCGGGCACAUGUCCAUGCGCGAGGUGGACGACCAGAUCCUCGCCGUGCAGAACAAGAACUCCAGGUACGCUCCCACCGUCUACACCAGCCUUUCCCAAAGUCAGCGAUGGCGCCCCCUUGUGGGCGCUGCUGGCCCUUAUUUCGUAGAAUGGAUCCCGCACAAUCUGAAGGUGGCCGUGUGCGACGUCCCUCCCCGCGGACUCAAAAUGUCAGCCACAUUCAUCGGCAACUCCACAGCGAUUCAGGAGAUAUUCAAACGUAUCUCGGAACAGUUCACUGCUAUGUUCAGAAGACGGGCGUUCCUUCAUUGGUAUACUGGCGAAGGUAUGGAUGAAAUGGAGUUCACAGAAGCUGCUAGCAACAUGAGCGAUCUCAUAUCAGAAUAUCAACAAUAUCAGGAAGCCAGUGUUGAUGACGAAGAGGUGGAAUUCGAAGAAGAAGAAGAGGAAAUUGACAACAGUCAAUACUUGAGGGACGCAAAAACCGAACUAAAUUAA